AUGGUAAACACGAUCUUGAUACUAUUACUACUCUUGAUACAUUUCAAUCAAGCUUAUAUCAUUCAGCCCCGAUUUGGACAUUCUGCUGUGCUUGUCAAUGACAGCAUCUAUUUUUACGGUGGGGAUUCCUCUGUGAGCUCAGCCAUCAAAAACACUUCAGAAUGGCUAUCCGAACUAUCCAUCUUGCCCAUUCAUUCGCCUUAUUCGCUGACAGAUCCACCAUGGAAACCAGCCUCUGGUCCACAAGACUCUAUUGGAGGACCCUCCGUCUAUUCUCAUAUUGCAUUCAUGGGCGGUACAAACAGUGGUAAUAUGAUUGUCAUUGGAGGUGUGAUGCCGCAAACCGAAAAAUACACGACGGAUGAAGAGCCGACUGCUUACAGCUAUGAUUGUGAUUUGGGUCGAUGGAAUUCGUUCAGCUUACCGAGUGGGAAUCAUUUGAACCGACAAGGGGCCGCAUCCACAACAACAGAACAUGGCAUCGCCUAUAUUUGGGGUGGCAAACGUGCAGUGACAAUCAGUCCUCCUACUACGACGAAUAGCAGCAUCACCAGACCGGCCUUAUCAGCGAGUAUGUAUCGGUUUGACUCUACGUGGCCAGCUAAUUCUGCAGUCAUUACACCUGCUGGCUUGUCUCCGCCUCUGCGGUAUGCGCACACACAGACACUCAUCUCGGAUCAUAAAAUUGUUGUGUUGGGUGGAUUUGAUAGUGCUACUGGUGAGCCUAUUCCCCUGUCUGAUAUCUGGGUGUACGAUAUCAGGCUGUCUGUGUGGAGCCAGAUCAAUGCAAAAUUGGACGCUGAAAAGAAGCCAGGUGCUCGAAGUAGUCAUAGUCAAGUACUGAUGUCAGACGGGUUCUCCAUUCUGGUGUAUGGUGGCUAUGAUGGGUACCAUGUGUAUAAUGAUGUGGCUGUAUUGGACACCAGGACCUGGACAUGGACAGUGAAGAAUACCAAUGCCGCCGUGCAAGGAAGAGCUGAUCAUACAGCAACAUUGGUGGGUUCCAAUAUGAUUGUCGCAUUUGGAUUCACAGGCGUGUCGACUGCACUCACUGUCAUGGCAGACAUCGAAGUGCUGGAUGUCAUCACCUGGAGCUGGACUUCAGUUUACACACCUUCGCCUGGAUACAAUACAGGAGGCAUCGGUACAAAAUCAAACGGCGGGUUAGGAGUAGGAGUAGGAGGAGGAGGAGGAGACGCCAGCUCAACUGGCAACUCAAAUGGACCGAGCUCAUCUGGCAACUCAAAUGGACCGAGUUCACCUUCCAUCGCAAUAGUAGCUGGUGCUGUGACAGGGGGACUCGUUGUGUUCCUAUUAAUAUUGGUAGCAUUGUAUCUAUUAAACAACUACCAUCAAAAGCAGCGCAAUCAGACAAAAGACGGUCGAGCACGGAGAGACGACAACAGCGAGUGCUCCGACACAUCCUCUUCCUAUACGAUAGCACAGACACCACAGCCCCCAUUACAGCCCUCCAGACUACUGCCUCAGCCCAUCAUUUAUCCACACCAUGGCAUCAAAAGUCAAGAAAUGCUAGAAAUCAAAUUUCGCGAUCCACCUUCAUCCACAGAACCCUUUGAAUACUGCCAAAGCACCUCGCGAAGACCUUCCAACCAAGCGGCUCAUCCACUGCAAAUCAAUACGAGCAACUUGCCUACUCGCUCGGAUACCAUUGGCACUGCUACCACUGUUAAUUCCUCUGUAUUACUAGUACCAUCACCCUGGACACCUAUUCAAACCAAAUCUUAUAAAGAGCACGAUCAAGACAUCAUAUCCUCUCCAUCAUCCACUACUACAUUUGGAUUUAAUUUCAACAGCCGUGUUGAGCAUGGUGAUUCAUCCUCCUCCUGCUCAGCAGACUGGGCUAUCCGUAGAGCAGCUAGCACACCUACGCAGCACUAUCAUCAACAUCAUCCAUAUCAACAAGCGCCCUUGCAAUCGAUUGCUAGUAAUAUAAGCAAGCCAGACGAUAAAUUCUACCCUCCUAAUGCAUUGAGAAGAGCAGCUACAGUAAGCGAACUGACGAAAAAGUCGCCGUCCAGUUCCAUGGCUACAUUGAGCAGUGCAUCAGCCAUCCAAAGAAGCUCAUCCCCACAAGAGCCACAACAACCAUCGCAGGCUGACGAUGACGAUGAUGCUCUCUUUGAUAGACAAGAGUUCAUACUUGAGUCAGAUGAAGUAGCCAAAGUGGAGGAGCAAGAGGAGGAGGAGGAGGAAAAAGAACCAAUACCAGAAACGUCAUAG